GCCUCCGCUGCCUGCCCUCCGCCCGCGGGUGUCUGCGCGAGCCCGGCCGGCGGGGGAGAUGUGCUCGGGCUCCGCCGGAUCGGUUUCUCGGGGUUUGACCAGCUGUCCCGGGCUAACCCUGCUCCUCGCUGAAGAUGGAGGAAGUAAAAACAGGAUUACCCUUAGCUACAGAUCCACUGCCUUAGUUUCCACCACCAACUGCAGUGCACAAACACACGUUAGGCACAGGAAAGAAAGAAAGAGAGAGAGGGAGAGGACACACUAACAGUAAACACAAACAAAAGGGUGAUGGGAUUAUUUUACUGCAUGCACUGCUGAGCACUGCACUUUGACUAUGGAAGCAGAGGCUAUUGAUGGCUACUUAACAUGUGACAAUGAGCUUUCACCUGAAGGGGAGCACGCCAGUAUGGCCAUUGACCUCACCUCAAGCACACCCAAUGGACAGCACGCCUCGCCAAGUCACAUGACUAGCACAAAUUCCGUAAAGCUAGAAAUGCAGAGUGAUGAAGAGUGUGACAGGAAACCCCUGAGCCGCGAAGAUGAGAUCAGGGGCCAUGAUGAGGGGAGCAGCCUAGAAGAACCCCUAAUUGAGAGCAGCGACGUGGCUGACAACAGGAAAGUCCAGGAUCUCCAAGGCGAGGGAGGAAUCCGGCUUCCGAAUGGUAAACUGAAAUGUGACGUCUGUGGCAUGGUUUGCAUUGGGCCCAAUGUGCUUAUGGUACAUAAAAGGAGUCACACUGGUGAGCGCCCCUUCCACUGUAACCAGUGAGGAGCGUCUUUCACGCAGAAGGGCAACCUUCUGAGACACAUAAAGCUACACUCUGGAGAAAAGCCGUUCAAAUGCCCUUUCUGUAGCUAUGCUUGUAGAAGAAGGGACGCCCUCACAGGACACCUCAGGACCCACUCUGUGGGGAAGCCUCACAAGUGUAACUACUGUGGACGAAGCUACAAGCAGCGCAGCUCACUGGAGGAGCACAAGGAACGUUGCCACAACUAUCUGCAGAAUGUCGGCAUGGAGGCUGCUGGGCAGGUCAUGAGUCACCAUGUACCGCCCAUGGAAGAUUGUAAGGAACAAGAGCCUAUUAUGGACAACAAUAUUUCUCUGGUGCCUUUUGAGAGACCUGCUGUCAUAGAGAAGCUCACGGCAAAUAUGGGGAAGCGCAAAAGCUCCACUCCACAGAAGUUUGUGGGGGAAAAGCUGAUGCGGUUCAGCUACCCAGAUAUUCAUUUUGAUAUGAACUUAACGUAUGAGAAGGAGGCUGAGCUGAUGCAGUCUCACAUGAUGGACCAAGCCAUCAACAAUGCAAUCACCUACCUUGGAGCUGAGGCCCUUCACCCUCUGAUGCAGCAUGCACCAAGCACAAUCGCCGAGGUGGCCCCGGUUCUAAGCUCAGCUUAUUCUCAGGUCUAUCAUCCAAGCAGGAUAGAAAGACCCGUUAGCAGGGAGACGUCUGACAGUCACGAAAACAACAUGGAUGGCCCCAUCUCUCUCAUCAGACCAAAGAGUCGACCCCAGGAAAGAGAGGCCUCUCCCAGCAAUAGCUGCCUCGAUUCUACUGACUCAGAAAGCAGCCAUGAUGACCACCAGUCCUACCAAGGAAACCCUGCCUUAAACCCCAAGAGGAAGCAAAGCCCACCUUACAUGAAGGAGGAUGUCAAGGCCUUGGAUGCUACCAAGGCCACCAAGGGCUCUCUGAAGGACAUCUAUAAGGUUUUCAAUGGAGAAGGAGAACAGAUAAGGGCCUUCAAGUGUGAGCACUGCCGAGUCCUUUUCCUAGACCAUGUCAUGUACACCAUUCACAUGGGUUGCCAUGGCUACCGGGACCCACUGGAAUGCAACAUCUGUGGCUACAGAAGCCAGGACCGUUAUGAGUUUUCAUCACACAUUGUUCGAGGGGAGCACACAUUCCACUAGGCCUUUUCAUUCCAAAGGGGACCCCCAUGAAGAACUGCACCUGAAGAGAUACUGCACUUACAGCCCACCUUCCCUCUGAGGGUGACCUUCUUUCUCCUUAAAUACUGUCACUGUCCUUGAUUCUUAUUUUGUGGACAAAAUGUCAUUUGCUCUGCCUGAUUAUAGUAAGAAAGAAACCUGAGGAAAGGGAUGGGAUGCUCACUGGUAACCUGGCUUGUUUAUUUUGUGGGUGCGUCCAGAUUAAGGCCUGUCCUACUUUGGGAAAUCCUUUGGUUCAUAGAGAUUCACCUAAAAUAUUUUGGUUUGCCCUUGAUGUUCAGGAUCAUGAUGGAAGGUAGGGAAAUUGAGAGUUUUCUGGAUAGGACUCUGGCAAUUUGAAAUGCUCUAGGUAAUUUUACUCUCCAAGAUGUUUCUAAAUGUAAGCCCGUUUUAUUUUCUGUUCGAAGAGAUGAUGGAACACAAACACAUUGUUUUUUCCAAUAACUCCUAGGACGAGUUGAAUUGUUGUGGGUUCUGUGUUUACCUCCCCUACGGAAUUUAUAAUUCAGUAUGUAUUACACUGUAUCAUAUAGUAAAACUUUUAAACUACAGGUCGUUAGGGGCCACUGAGAUACACCUGAGGUCCUUUGAUCUUAUUUUUCUAAACUUGCGCACUGUUUUUCCAUAGUUUUGAUGACUGGCAUUUUAUAGACACCCUGGCAGCCUUACUUUAAACACCUGUAACAAAUAGUAUUUUUUUGUAGUUUUCAGAAUAACAUAUGGUCGGUCCGAGCGUGGGUAGGAGGCAGUCAGCAGUUUCCAGGAAGAUUUCUGUUUUUCUCAAUUUGGGAUUUUCUUUUAAAUUGUAAUGUGACAGCAGCCUAAUAUCCGUUUUUGUUUCUAAAGAUGUGUUACGACUGUCACUUUCUCCACAUCUCAUCAGUGUUAACUGGUCAGCAGAAAAGUGUAAUUAGGCUGACAAUAGGGGAAAUCCCACUCUGAGAACCCUCGCCUGGUAUUUUUCUUCAAGCUGUGACCACUCAGUGUUCCGUUAGUAGUCCGUUCCUCUCUGACUCUUGGAAUAGAAGGUCUUAAGAAGCCUGGCUCCUUCUUUCAAAAUCUUGGAGCAACUGCUAAUUGGACCUGAAUGUGGUCAUUUGAACACUGGAAGGUCAUUUAUGAGCUAGGGCUCUUUAUUCCACCAUUUCUUCAGUAAUAACAAUUACUGCCUUUGCUGUGGACAAAAGGGAACUUCUUUGUAACCCGAAUAUCACACCGCAGGUCAAACAAAAGAACAACAAAGUUUUCUUUUACCCUUCUUGGAGUUGAGAAUGUGACAGUCUUCAGGUGAAAGUCCUGCACUUUAAAAAACAAAUUAGAAAUCCAACUCUCUAAAUCCUUGUCAGAAAUUAAUCUCAAUCCCUUAGUAGAUUCUCUGUCUUCUCUUUAUUUGCACAAGGCCUAUCCUUCCAUACGUGUAGGUUUUAAGUUGAUCUCUGUGAGGGCCUGGCUUUUUCUCUGGAGUUCACUGGCAUUUGUGGGUGGGAUUGGAGCGCACUAUCCCAAGUCAUUUGGGGGAAUGCAUUUGGCAGACAUAACUCACUGCUUGUGUUUGAGGAAAACAGUCUGACUAUGACUGGAUUAUCUGAUAGUCAUUUAUGAACGGGGAAGGUCCGAUACACAGUAAUAAUUGCUCCGGCAGACCCUUGAAUAGGGUGCAGAAACCUUGCAACUGCGUUGCGCCUUGGGUAGUAUCGAGACUGGAGAACAAGGCACCAAUGAGCCGUGUUCUCAUCCGUUCUCUUGAGCCACCUUAGCUCUAACAUAGCUAGGCCUAGGUGGGAAGGUUCUGACUGAGCUCUUUAACUAGCCCUAUCUUGGUUAUUUCUGGAGAAAUGUCCAGAGGAUUCCUUUACAUGUAAGAGAACACACCCAAACAGAGAUGGAGCUAAUGCCGGAUGUUGGGUUUUUCAUCUUUUGUUGUCAUCCCUUGGUAACUUGUGAAAACACAGCUUACUCAGGGACAAAGGGUCUUCUCAAGACUCCCUUUCCCAUAAUUCUCACGAAUUAUGAUGGAAAUGACAUUUCUGUGGGAGGGAGGUAAAUAAUGAUAAGGCUCAUGAGUUUUUGUUUUUAUUGCAAUUUAACAAAGCUUUUGGAUGCCUGUCCAAGUGUUCAUAAUUUUGGCUGUGUGAAUUUCUGCUGGCAUCCUUUAUCAAUUUUCUUCAUUUUCUCUCCUCAUACCUACUGUAUUAAGAACCAUGCAUCUCCUUGCCCUAGGACUGAGCUGAAUUUAAGCGUACAUAAAGAUUUGUGGACCCCCCCCUAUGAAGAUGGCACUAACAUACUCUCUACCUUUCUAAUUUUAUCUUGUUGGAAAACCUGAUUUAUUCAAAGAAAUUAGCUAUGACAGGAUGUUUGCUAUGCAGAUACACUAGCAGUUUUUUUUAAAAGAUGCAUAACACAAGGUACAGGAAAAGGCAUAGAUGGCUGAGGCAUGACAGGGACAAAUGAGGAAAAGGUGAUCUCAUAACUGUAUGUCAUAGUGAAUUUUGUGGACAUAAUGCUGUCUGAGGGACUCUCAAUGACGUUUCCACCAAAGAGAACAGGUGACAUGGUAGCGCCUAAAAAUAAGUGAGGGGGUCAGAUACCAAAUACAUCAACUUUGCAGAGCAGUUACAAGCCCAGUUUAUUUAAGCAAGAUUUCACAAUUCAAAGAGUAUUUGAGGGGCGUGAAAGUGGGUUAUCAUCUGUGUUUUCCAGUUGGGCAGAAAUUUAUCAGAUGACUGUCCUAAUCUUGCCCAGAAUUUUUUUUUAUCACCAGUUCUUUCUGGAGAAGCAUGUUGCCCCUCUGCAAUAGUGAUGAAUGGCUGCUAUAGAGGCUCUCUAGAGCAGUGGCCAGCAUGGUGAGCCCCAGGGAGAGGCGGGAACACUGCCAUUCAAACAUUCCGUUGAGAAAUUUCUGAAGAGAACGGGGAAAUGAGGGUUGACCGUUGAGGUUUAGGAUGAAGUAACCUGGCUGGCUGGCAUACACACAGGUGACUGAAGGCACGACAUUUGCAGGCACAUGUGUAUCGCACAUUCUCGUAUUGAAGAGUCCUGAAAAGAGACGGUUAGCAUCUCCAGAUGUGUUAUGAAGCUUAGAGUUAGAAGUACAGCUGAUCCAUCAGCACUUAGGUCUGCUUUACCAGGUGGUAUUAAGAAAUCCCAAUGUUGUCCGUGUGUCUUUAGGGCUAGCGGCAACUUAGAUCCCAAGUCUCCAUUUUCUACAUCCAGGGGAAAAAAAGUGAAACAAUGAAAAGAUAUUAAGUUGACUGGUGGAAAUUUAAAGAACUAUGUAUUCUUUUUAUGAGAGGAAGAAAAUGCAGGAAAUGAUUUAGCAACUUGGUCUUGUAUUUGUGCUGAUUACCAUGACACAAUUCCACACUUCACAAGACCCCGACUUUUGGGUAGUCUAAAUUUUGACUUUGUAUUUUCCAAGUCUUACUUCAUCUUAUCUCCAAAAGGGUAAGUUAUAGUGGAAAGCUAAGCAGAGGAGGCUGUGCUGGACCAGGAAAGCUGCCUGCUCCUAGAUGCAGGACAGCGCUUGGACUAUCAAGGAUACCUGGCUACACAUUUUUCUUAGCCUUGAAUUAUUUGUUUAUUAUAAAAUUGUAGAUUUGUGGUCAUCGUCACUUAUAUUUCACAUGUUAUUUUUAACAAGUACUGCCUGUAUGUAUUCUACAGUUAAAACUCCCCAUAUUCAAAAGGGAAAAAAAGCAAGGGGUAAAUUUAAACUUUGUAUAUAUAAAAGUUAUUUUAUAAAUAUUUUAGUCUUCCAGUUUCUGCAAAAUAAUUAAAAUAUACAGUAACUGGUCUCUUAAAUCCUGAAUUUAAUGUAUUAAAUACUUAUAAAAUUUUAUAUUGGUGCCUUUUAAAAAUGCAUUGGGAGUGUUGGUAAGCUGUUUUAGCUCUACCACACUUUUACUGUGUAUUUUUUAAAAAAAAAAAUCACAUAAAAUUUAAGUACUCUCUAAUUUACCUUUGUGUUCUUAGCAAAAAAAAAAAAGAAGAAGAAGAACAAGAACAAGAAAAGAAAAGAAAAAAAGAAAAGAAAAAAGAGAAAACCCUGCUAAAAGAAUUUCCAUUUCCAAACUUUCAGUUGAGCUGGCAAAAGUGAGAGGAAACUUUGAAAUCAGAUUUUAAUCUUUUUAGUUUGAUAGUAUAUCUGAACACUAUUAUAUGAUAGAGGAAAAAUAGAAGGCAGAGUCACAAGUUAGCAGCGAAUUGAAUUGUUCUGUGUGUUUUUGCAUUAUUCUUGAGGUAGAAUAUGUUUUGCAUCACACAAGGUUUUCUCGUAGAAUUUGAGGUCAAUUACGACAGUAUUGUUUUGCAUCUUUUUUUACCCGACUAGUGUUGUUCUAGUCUUGGAUCCUCUAUCUUCUAGCCAGUGCUUGGUUUAUGAAAUAAUGUGGAAAUGCAGGUCCUCGUUUCUCCUUGAACAAAACACUCAGCAUUCAUGUGACAUAGCUGUUCUCCAAAGCACCAUCUCGGAUGUUAGGACAGGGCUGUCUGUCACUUGUGAGGGUGUCUUAAACUAUGAAAGCUUUCUGAAACUGAGCUGCUGGUUGUAUAACGUAGACAUCGUGUGACCAAGAAGCUGUACUAUGCUAGUGUUUCCUUGUGUCAUGGUGUACUCUUACUCCAAAUUAAUGACACCAUGAACAUUUUUAUAUUUAUUAUAGAGACCUAAAUUUUUGGAAUUUCCACAAAAGUUUUAUGUAACAUUCUAUUUCUAUUUUGUUUUCUCUUGCUGUACUGUGAGUUUGUGGAUAUUUUUUCAUAUGCACUUAGAGAUGAGUUUUAAAUUCUAUUUAUGGCGCCUUUCUCCCAUAAUACUCCAUUUGUAUAUGUUCUGACAUGUUUGUUAUAAAUUCAUCUUUAUCCCAUAUAGACUGUGGUACAUGAACAUCUAGUUUCCUAAGAUGACUUUUAUAUUAUGAAUUAAUAUGAAAAUUUAGAGGUCAUGUGCUAAAAGCCAUGUUAAGUACAGAGUAAACACUUCCUAUAGGUACAAAUAAGCCAGUUUGCAGUACAUCAGGCCUUCCGUUUACCUCAUGUAACACAUAGUAAGGAAAGCUUGGGCAGAUGGAGGUCACCAAAUCCCCUGCUAUGCAAAUGCUAGGAUGUCACUGAGUUUCAUUUACUGGAAGUGGAUUUUAAAAAGAAUACACUGUAACUAACGAGAAAAAGAAUCUAGGGGUUGCUGAUAUUUUUGUUGUUUUGUUCUUUUUAAAAAGUUGUUCAAAUUACAAAACUGUGAUCUAAAGAAAAGUUUGACUGUGGAGCACUUGAGAAUUUGUGCAUCAAUUGCGUGCCCUUUCGUAUGACAAAGAUAGGUUUUCACCUCUUCGGUUGUAAGUUCUCACAUCUUUGUCUCCACGGUUCACAGCUGUUCCUCCAUUGUCUCGGGUGUUUUUCCUGAUGAUCCUAAUAGAAGAGGAGGUCAACUCUGAGCUUCUGAUUCAUUAAGUCUUAAUUUUUUUCAGUAGUAUUUCUUAGCUGUAUAAUCUGCUGGUGUAUUUUUAUACUCAAGGGUAGUUGUAUAUUUUUUAAAGCGUGGUUGGGUUGAAACAGUAAGCUUUGUAGUCCUUCCUUUGAUUCAUCCUCAAGUAUGAGACACCCUGUGUGACUCCAGAGGUUCUGUAAUCAGUGUCUGUCUGAUUCCUUUCUGCUUGGUUGUUAAAUUGUUUGGCUUUCUUCUAAAAUACAAGUCAUAAAAGACUAGACACCCCCCCUCCCUACACUUAGAAUGGGAAUAAAAAUGUAAAGCAAAGGGUUAACUUUCUUCCAACUAGGUGGACAAGUGCUUUAACAGUUCUUUGGUAAUAUUCCAGGCUCGGAAGGGGUUCCCAAGCCCCGGGCUUGCGCAAGUAGUCCAGCCUUUUAAACCAGGUGUUAUUUGCAGUUUCAGAAGGCUUUGCUUCUUCUGUUUAGUUUAACAGAUAUUCGUUCUUUUCAUAAAAGUGCAAUAUCACUCGUGAAGUCUUAAAAACUAUGGUAAUUUUUCUUUGUCUGACAUUUCUUCUUUGGCAAAAAGAAACCGUUGGAAAUUCUAACAUGUCAAAGGACACAGCAAGCAAAGAUGAAAACCACUCCACUAUCAAAAGAUUUAAAAACGUAGAAACAAAUGACUUUCUGAGUUUCUGGAAGCUUCGUUUAGCCUAAAUAACCUUUGAAAUUAUGAGUGAGAAAUAUACGCUGAAACUGAAAUCCUAACAGACUGGAUUUUUUUUCUCCCAUUCUUGUAUAAUGCUCUUAAGUUAAAUAACUAGUAUUUAAUGUUUUUAUUUCUCUUCCUUUUGGAAAAUAAACAUCAAAGCACUUAGGUCAGGUUUAAAUACAUAUUACCUGUUGAAGAAAAAUUUUUAAAUAUUUGAAGCAGACCUGUUUUCGUGCAGAUUGAGGAAUAUCUUUUGUAUCAUCCAUAUUUAUAUGUAGCGUGCUCUUCUUUUUUCUUUUUUUUAAAUACCUGUGUUCCUGUAGUAAAACUGCUGUAAUGUAAAUACAUGUUUUGUUAAAAAGUAA